UCUCCAGGUGGGGGAGGAGUUAACUAGGUAGAUGUGCGCUUGCGCUUCACAACUUAAUCUGCUCACAGUUAACAAGUUUGGUUUUUAAAGUGUUUUAGUGCGCUAGAGCGAAGUUAAAAACAUAUUUUGUUCGUUUUUGUAAUUUUCUUGGACUUUUUGGAGGCGGUACUGUUUCCUCCCCCCACCCUCAAAGUUACUUUUGUGACCGGUUUUGCUGCGGGAGCUAGUUCCGCGUUAGCAUCUCGACUGUCAGGAGUGAUUCAGGGCUGCGGCGCUCCGCCUGGAUAAACGGUCCCACGAACGAACUCCGGUUUCCGAGGAGGGGGGAGAAAAGGACUGCUGCCGUUCCGCUCAGACAUAAGGAUCAGAAGUCACAGCCCCAUUGCCCCCUGGGAAACUGUUAUUGACCACCAAUGAUCUUCUGGAAAAUUGCUGCUUUCUGACUCUGUGAUGGAAAAUCCUGAUGAUGAGGUUGACUCGCAGCAGAGAACAGGGGGGGAGGAAGGAAACUCUAGUGUAGGAACACCUCCAACUAAACGCAAAGGCAAGUUCUUCAAGAUGGGAAAAAUCUUCAAGCCCUGGAAAUGGAAGAAGAAAAAGCCCAGUGACCAGUUUGCUGAAGCAUCUAUGGAUCUGGAAAGAAAACUUUCUGUCAGGAGAAGUCGACAAGAACUAAUUGCCAAAGGGGUUUUAAGGGAGGUGACUGAAAAUGAAAACGCUGAUGUCAAAGUUCCACCAGUGAAAAAUGGGCACCCGGUGCCAAUGGAUGUGGAUAGAGUGUCGGAAAGAAGACUUUCCAGAGGGGAAUCAGACAUAAGCAUAAAUUUCCCGAAAGGCCCUCAAGGAGAAGACCGUCGGAGCAGAAUACCUUCUGAUGCUUCCAGAAGUAACCGGGCUCCUCUAGAUGUAGACUCUUAUGCCAGGUUACCUCUGGAUGUGGACAGACAGAGUCGUGUCCCCUCAGAUUUAAAUAGAACUUUACCCAGAGGAGCUACACAAGACGACCGGUACCACAGAGACGAGAGGAGAGACCCCAGAGAUGACAGAAGGAAGGACAAGGAUGACAUGGACAGAAAGGACCGGCGAGAGGAAAAAGAGAAGGAUCGAGAAUCUGAGUACAAAGCUGAGAGAGACUUUAGAGAAAAGCGUGACUUAAGAGACGAUCGCGACAGAAGAGGUGAAAGGCCAGACCGGGAUGGUAGGGAUCGUGAUGAGAGAGAACGAAGAGAUGAGAAAGAAAAGAGGGAUCGCAUUGAGAGGGAUAGGAAGGAUCGAGAUAGGGAUGAAAGAGAGCGCAGGGAUCGAAACGAAAAGGAUAGCAGGAGGAAUGAGAGGGAAACGGGGGGUUGGGACGAGAGAGAGAGGAGGGAUCGUGGUCCAGAUGAAAAGGAACGUUGGAAUGGAACACUUGACCGACAUGAGAGGGAGAGGGGGGAUCGGCAUGAGAGGGAGCGGGGAGAUCGGGAUGAGAGGGAGCGCAGGGAUCGGGAAGAGAAGGAGCGCAAGGAUCGGGAAGAGAGGGAGCGCAGAGAUCGGGAAGAGAAGGAGCGCAAGGAUCGGGAAGAGAGGGAGCGCAGGGAUCGGGAAGAGAGGGAGCGCAGGGAUCGGGAAGAGAGGGAGCGCAGGGAUCGGGAAGACAGGGAGCGCAGGGAUCGGGAAGAGAGGGAGCGCAGGGAACGGGAAGACAGGGAGCGCAGGGUUGCAGAUGAAAGGGAAAAGAGAGAGCGGGAUGACUUUGAAAGGAGGAACGUGAGAGACAGAAGAGAAGAUAAAGAUCAGCACUUUGAGAGGGAAAAGAAAGACAAGAGAGAUGACAAACUCAAAGAAGACAAAGAGCGAAAAGAUGCUCCAGUAGACAGAGAUAACAGGGAGAGGAGGGAUGACUGGGCUAAAAGAAAUGAAAAAGAGCUGAGGGAUGAUCGUGCGAGGCGUGAGGACAAAGGCAAGAAGGAAAAACUGGUGGAAGAGCGGCGUCUGCCUGUCAGGCCGUUCUCAGAGGUGGAACUGCGGCCUCCCUUAGAAAAGAGCUCAUCAGAGGAAGGAAACCGACCUCGGCCGAUGUCGGAGGUCAAUCGAAUUACCACACUGCCCAGAUACUUCUCCCCUACGGAGUUGCAAGAACACUCAGAGUCCGCUGGUAUCUUCACCCCCAACCCUCAUCCACCACCAGACUCCAAACAGGAGCCUCCCCCGCCCAAGCAGGCUUUGCUUCCUCCCAAACCCCUCCCCAGUCUUCCCCCUGACUCCAAAAGAUAUGCAAACCCACCUUCGUCGUCCUCCUCCUCCUCUUCGUCGUCCUCCUCCUCUAAUGAAGUACCAAUCUCCAAGCCGCCCAGGACAGUCUCUCUAAUAACGGAAGACUUGCCUUCCCUCCCCAUUCCCCUCCCCAUUCCGGCUGUCUCCACAGCUGACUCUAGUAUCCCUCCCCCUGUUCCUCCCCAUGCCAAGCAGCCCCCCGUCCCUCCACCUAAACCCACCAAUCGCAACAGCAACCCUCCACUGCUUGCCCCCUCCCUGCAGCGGGGCUCAAAUGUCAGGCAGCCGUGUCAUUGGUCCAGCUGGGGGCGCCAAAACCAGCAGGGCUCCUCCCUGAGCUUGCCCGUUUACCUGCGCCACAGGGCCCGCCAGACCUGCUCAGCCGAGGCUUCACAGCCAGCCGGGGGGGUGAUCGUGGUCCCAGCCCCCACCAGGGGAUCGCCACCAACGCCGCCCAAGAGGACGACGCCCGUCACCAAGCGCCAUUCUGCGGAUCCUUCUGCUCCCACUCAGGCCCCAGAGCCCAAGCCCCCCUCAGCGCACCCUGCAGCGCCCCCUCCUGUCCCCAAACGAGAAAGCAGUGACAACAAGACAGCGGCGCCCGCAGAGCUCCCGCCCCCACUGCCCUCCCACAUACCCCCGUCUCCCCCCAGGAAUAAGUCCCUGCAGCUAGCAGCGGGCAACAACUCUGUGCAAUCUGACCCACCCAGCCCAACGACUGAACCCCCCAGCCAGCCGCCGAUCAUCCCGCUGCACAUCCGCAUUCAAAAAGCGCUGACGAGCAGCGGCCCCGUUCAGCCCCCCACCAGCGGGACGCAGAGGGCGCACUCCCUGCUGUUCAACCUCCCCCCAGACAUCCAAGCGGAGGAGGACGCCAACCACCGGCGGUCCCUCCCCAUCUUCAUCGAACCCCUCCGGCUGCCGGAAGACGACGAUUUCGACAUGGAGGAGGAGCUACGGAAGCUGAAGCCCCAGAGGCCUCAGCGGCAGACGGAGCUGGAGCCCCGCAGCCGCAGGGCCCUGGUGGUGGAGGACCCCAGGGUGAGCGUCAUCCCCGAGGCAGACCACAGCGACAGCGAGGAGGAGGAGGACUCCGACGGCCCCAUCCUCUACAGAGACGACGACGAAGAGGACGACGACGACGAGCCUUUGAGCGGGCUGGCCAGCCGUGUGAAGAGGAAGGACACGUUAGACCGGAGGCUGGAGAAACAGGAGAGGGAGGCUGCGGACAGCUCCGAUGGCAAGACCUGGAGCAACAGGGAGCAGUGGGAAGCUCUGAGGAGCAAGAUCGGAGUCACGCUCACUCGGCGGCUGAGUCAGAGACCGACGGUGGAGGAGCUGGAGCAGAGAAACAUCCUCCAAGCCAAAAACGAGGCGGAUCGCCGGCAGGAAAGGUCGGAGAUCAAACGAAGGCUCACCAGGAAGCUGUCGCAGAGGCCCACCGUGGCCGAGCUGCAGGCCAGGAAGAUCCUUCGCUUCCACGAGUACGUAGAGUGCACCCAGGCUGAGGACUACGACCGCCGGGCGGACAAGCCCUGGACCAAACUCACGCCCGCCGACAAGGCCGCCAUCCGCAAAGAGCUGAACGACUUUAAGAGCUCGGAGAUGGCAGUUCACGAAGAAAGCCGGAUCUACACCCGAUUCCAUCGGCCGUAGUUCAGCGGCUCCUCAGUUUUUCCUCCAAACUCGUCUGCAGCGGCCGGAUCGCCGAGGGUCCUUCAGGAGGUGCCAACGCCUGCCGCUCACCUGGACCCGGAGAGACGGAGCCGCCGAUCCGCCUCCUGCUCCUCAAAGGCUCAGACACGUGUGACGGAGAUGUUUGGGACUCAUCCAUCGGAACGUCUUACUGUAUUUUUGCUUUGUCUCAGCUGGCUAACACUGCUGUCUGACGAGGGCCCCUUUUAUUUCUCAAUCAGGUGUAUAGAAAUGUAAUAUUUUUGAGUUUUUGUUUGUAACUGAAUCAUCUGCUGCAGGAGGAUGUACAUGUUUUUAAUUUUCCUGCCUGUUUUAUGGUACUUUCUCAGUUUGUACAGAUCAACACUGUAGAUGUGAUUGAUGUAAACUACUGACAUGAAAUAUUUUAAUUGUAAAGAAUUUCUUGAAUAUUUUCUGACAUCAACUGGAUUUUUUUUUUAAUACAUCUAUAUGCUGUAUUUUUCUGAAUGAUUUUCAGCUCUCAGGCAUCAAAAGGUCGACACAGGGCCGGUCAGUUUUUGUCUGAUCCCAUGAACUGACUGCCUCCAGGUACUGGUUUUAGAGGCGACUCUUCAUUGAGCCCAAAUGUUAUGAGAGUGACGCUACGUUCACACCGCCCUCGGCGACGCACUUUUAAGUGACUCCUUCCAAUAAACAGUCUAUGUAAAUGCG